AUUCUUUUAUGCCCUAGCGACUUUCUUGGUAGCUUUUGCAACAACGAUGCACUUGUGUAUACAACACAAAAAUAUUAUAAGAAGUAAAACUUUGAAACUGUUGAUGGCAUUUUCCUUCGUAACGAGCUUCCAGAAACUCUUCAGUACUAAAGUGGCAAAUAAGUCCUUCGCAUUCUUGAAUGGAAUGAGAUUUCUCGCCAUGGCUUGGAUUGUCUUUUCUCAUACGUACUUGGCAUCUCUCGCUGCUUUUCCACUUCAAAGGAAUUUAAUUUAUGUUUAUGGAAGCUUUUCCAACUAUUUUUCACAUCUAAUGCAGCAAGUUAUCACCAGUGGAGUUCUGUCUGUAUCAACGUUUCUUUUCAUAGGAGGAUUGCUCAACUGCUAUUCGAGAGUAAAAGAACUUGAAAUUAAGAAACGACAAUCGAAUGUUUUCGUGUACAUAUUUUAUCGUAUGUGGAGAAUAUAUCCAGCAUAUAUCUACGCUAUAUUUUUUGUCAUGGUGCUGCAAACUUUAAAUAAUGGUCCUAUGUUCUCAUCAAUAUCUUAUGACUACGCAAGAGGCUGUGACGAGAAAUGGUGGAGAAAUAUCCUUUUCAUAAAUAAUUUGUUUCCAGUAGGCGAAUCGUGCCUUGGUCAUUUUUGGUACUUGGCUGUUGAUAUGCAACUGUAUUUGGCUUCACAGAUUACCAUACCAGUCCUUCUGAAAUGGCCCAGGUUUGGUAUACCCUUAAAUGCGUUCAUUAUUUUGAUGUCUAUUGCGUUCUCAGCUUUUUAUACGUGGUUUUAUAAUCUCCCACCUUCGCUUGUCACGUCGUACACAGACAAGCAAGCAAUUUUUGACUAUUGGAAUGUACAUGCUCACCCAGGGAUGAAUGCUUCACAGUACUUUAUAGGCAUAUUAGUGGGAUAUUUACUAACCACGAAAAAACAGAUUAAAAUUCCAAGGGUUGCAUUAUGGAUUGGAUGGCCUCUUUCUUUCAUUUUCGGGUGCAGCGCAAUUUUUGGAAGGAAGAAAUGGAACGGUGGUGUGAUGCCUACUGAUUUGGAAAGAAUUUUAUUUGCCAGCUUAGCAAAACCAACAUUUACUAUAGGCGUGGCAUGGGUAGCGAUCUGCUGUGCUACAGGACAUGGAGGUAUCGUAAAUUAUAUACUAUCGAGGACAAUGUGGAUACCUUUGAGCCGACUGUCAUUUCUUAUUUUUCUUGUUUCAUAUACGUUGCAAACGAAUUUUGUGUCUUCUUUCAGAAAUGUAUCAGAUGUCUCGCAUCUGAUAUUGGUAUGGCGAUUCUUUGGGGAUAUUUUCAUAUCUACAUUUGUAGCUUUUGUUGUUUGUAUGUUAGUGGAAGCACCUUUCCUGAAUUUGCAGAAGCUUAUAUUCUCCAGAGUAAAGGGAGAUCUUCAAGAAACUGAGAGUCCUAAUAAUGCCUCAAAUGACAAUGGCCAUGUAAUGAAAGCAAUAGUAUUAACUUGACAGAUUUCCUCAAUUAAAUAUUAAAGAACGAGAGCUGCUAAGCCUUGAUAAAAAAUAUUUCGAUACGAUACAGUUUCGUUACGAGGACUUUUAGUUCUCAGACAAAAAUUUAAUCUGAAAAUUAUUCUUCAAAAAUUUGAAUUAUAUUCAGGAAGUAUGACUUAUAUAUAUUCUUCCUUGGAAGCAUGAUUUAAUUCUACUCUUACUUCUCAAAGUCCUAAGAAAAAAAAUAUUUUUUAAGAGAACUGAGGUUUUAUGCUCGGUGAAUUUCUGUGAAAACAGAACAAAUGAUUUUACGAUGAAGUUCUCUGAAGCACUGUCUACUGCAAGAAAUACUCCACUCUCGUUUGACUUUUAAAUAUUUUCUUGUUUAAACUAUCUCCUCGAGCUAAUUAAAACUUUCUUUUACAUACACUGAAAUAAUUUCAACUACCUUAAACAUAUUUCGUGCUAGAAAUGUUUGUGGUUUUAAUAUUCAAUCAUUUUGGCUUUUGAAAAUAAAGCACUAACUCUUUA